CUCACUGAGCAAGCAUGUCAUGUGACUGAAUUCAGCUUGACAACAAGGAAGCGACUGAAAGAAGAAAAAAAAAAAAAAGAUUUUUGUAGAUGCGUGAUUGCAAUCUCUUUUAUUUGUCCUUUUUGGCUCCAGUACCUAAAGCCAGUGGGCUUAUCUGUUGCCCUUGCAGUGUUUGCUGUGUAUGUUUGCUUGGUGUGUGAUGCAUACAGCAUACAGUUUAUAUUUAAAAGGAAGUUUAUAGGCAGCUGCAGAUUGAAGCAGUCAUCUCACUGUAGGUUCCAAUUUGUCACCAGUCUAUUAUCCUCAAUCAUGUCUCGGUUCUUCUCUUUAAUACUUGCAGCUCUGGGACUAUUCUCCUGUGAGGCACUUAGAAUGCCACAGAAUGUAAUUCCAUGGAGACUAACCACGGUUAAUGGGUUCUCUUGGGCUAACUGUGAUGCAGAAAGCCUUCCAGGCAAAAUCAAAAGUCUUACACUUAAUCCAGACCCAAUCACCAUUCCUGGAGAUGUGUCAAUCGCUACAGUACUAUCCACUAAUGUACCUGUGGAGUCUCCUCUCAAGAUUGCCAUUACUGCAGAAAAAGAGCUUUUUGGUGAAUGGAUUAAGGUACCCUGCCUAGAUAAUUUGGGUAGCUGCACCUAUGAUGAUGCAUGCAGCAUCCUGGAUGCUCUCAUUCAACCAGGACAGGAGUGCCCUGAGCCACUGCGUACAUACGAUUUACCCUGCCACUGCCCAUUCAAAAAAGGAUCCUAUUCUCUUCCUGAUACCAGCAUUAAGAUACCAAAUCUAUCUCUUCCAUCCUGGCUUGCUAGCGGCAAUUACCGUGUGACUGGAGUCAUGAGCCAUGAGAAUGAGGAGAUUGGCUGUGCCAAAUUUACGUUCUCGUUGGAGAGCAGUGACUCUUCAUGGUGGUAAAGUGAAAUAUCACAUUGAUUGAAGAGGAUUGAAGAUGCAGUUUAUUCCUACAACGAUUAGCCUUACUCAUUCCUUUAUACUCUUAUUAUAGAAUAAUUUACACUUGGACUGAUUAUGUGCAUUCCCCAAACACCAGCAUAUGCUUGUGACUCUCCAUAUUUGGGUUUUAUAAUUUUAAAACAUUUAUCGUUCCAAUUUCUUUUCUGGAAAAUUAAUCUUUAACUUGCAUAUAAACUGAUGAGUCUUUUUUAUUAACAUAAUCAUGGGUGUUUAUAAAGCAAACCAAGGUGAAGCAUUGACGUCUAACAAACAAUUUUCCGCCAGCAGUUAUAUAAAGCCCUAACCAGCAAACAAUACUCAUAUAGCCUUUGAAUCCUUAAAUGGCUCAUUGUAUGUUGUGCAGGUCCAGCUAUGGACACUCAUGACAUUCGUGGGUAAAAGAGUAUGCCAUUUAGACAUUCACAUUUUGCUUUUUUUAGUCUGUGUCUCCUUGAAAAUAUUCUUCCAUAGUCAGUGAACAUAAGCUUUUAACAUAUCUUUAAAUGUUUGGAACAUUAACUUUCAGCACCGUUGUUGCUCUCUAAGUAUUAAUAUCAAUAAAGAAUCUUAAAACUGUG